GUGAUUCACUUUGAUGCAAUUAGCAAUCUGCAGUUAACUAAAGCUCCAUUUGAUUACAUGAGAAGUUGUUCAACUAAGUAUAUUCUUAGGUAAUUCAUACUGGUUUUCAUGAUUGACCUCUAAUUGUCAUUAGCUAUUGUUCCACCAUUUUUGUCAUCACCAAAGUUGUCUGAACUUACACUUUCUUUCAAACCACAUAACUGCUUAUAAAUCUACAGAACAACACAAGGUUGCCAACAGAGAAAUCCCUUUGAUGCUUAGCUAAAAAUGCCUAUUGAAUUUAACAAUUUCCCGUGUGUGGGCUGUUGAGAUUUUCCUCAUCUCCCCUUUGAAAUUGUCAUUGAUCAGAAUUAUAAGCAAGAUGGAGCCAGAUGUCUUACAGAAGUCCUCUAUGUCACCACAAUUACUUUGUCAGCCCAAAUAAUGACCCCAUUUAAAGAGGCUGUGGAGGCUGGGAACAGCCUAUUUUCUCUCGAAGUGGCUGGAGCACUGCUAUUUAUAUAUCGGUCUCUUAUUUUCUGAUACAUUAAUGACUGCAGAGACCUCACUGGCCAAUAGUUCCUUGGUAUUCCUGGAUAGCUGGUUAUAACUUCUGUGUUCUCACUCGGUUUCAUUUUCUAAAAUAGCACUUCUUUUCCAACUGUCACAUUAUUUCUUAUUUUUGGAACAGUCCUUACUAGGCUGGUCAUGUUCUGAUAUCUAGGGAUACUUGAAGGCAUGUCUGCUUAGUACCAAUAAUUGCUUAUUCUGUUAAAAAACCUCUGCAUUAGUUCAUAUUAAAUUUACUUCAAAAUGCAGCCCCAUUUACAGCUUAAUUUCGUCUUUAAAACGGGAACAGAAAUGGUAUGGUAUUCUAUUUUUUCCAUCCCACACUGAUUUCUAUGUAAUUUCUCACAGUAUAUAUGUGGCUUCUAGGCACAAGAUACAGGAUAUAUAUUUUUUCCUUUGCAUUUAGGGACAGAUUUAUAUGUGCAGGAUGUGUGUGGUUUCUAGAGGUGGCAAAAUAAAGAAAAGAACUCCUUGCAUCACAACGGAAGAUGAUAAAGCUUAUAAUCACACUAAAUUUCUUGUAGCCUUAAGAAACAGAAGAGGGAGAGGCUACGGAAGUUGCUACUCUAUUGUUGUUCCUUCUUCCUUCUCCUUCCCAACAGAUUAACUUGAUCUGAGCUUCUCUGUUUCAGAGAGCAACUGGUAACAUGGAUUGCACUUCGGAAGGGGACAGCUGAACUCUCCCUCUGGCUUUAGUAAGGAAAGAGCAGCGAUGAAAUCCGUGGACUGUGUGCACGUCAUCCAACAGAAGGAUACCGCCUCCUCUCCCUCUGCCCCCCCUGGUGCUGUUUCAGGCGCCACGGGACUUUUUCCUGUCACAUUCCUGUGGCUUGCAAUGCUCCUGUCCUCUUGUCUUGCAGCAGUGUCUCUUUACCAUGUUAUCAUCCUGAAAACAGAACUAGAAGCUCUGCGCAGCGAGCUGAUCUACAGCAUCCAGGCAAGGUCUCCGCUAGACCAACCACUCGUGUCCCCCAGUGAAAACAAAGCAGGUAGCCCUGUUUCUUCCUUCCUGCAAGUGUCUGCAGCUGGCUCCAGGCAGGAGAGCAGGCUUGCUGGUACUGGCACAGCUGAGAGCUUCCAAAAGGAAAUCUGGAACGGGAGUAGAAACAGGGGCAGGCGGUCUGUUGUCAACACAGAAGAAAAAGUGCUGCAGGCCUGCUUGCAACUGAUUGCUGACAGCAAAAGUGAUAUCCAACAGAAAGAUGAUUCAAGCAUUGUCCCUUGGCUCCUGAGCUUUAAACGUGGAACAGCUCUGGAAGAACAAGGAAAUAAAAUAGUGAUCAAAGAAACAGGUUAUUUUUUCAUAUAUGGCCAGGUUUUAUAUACAGAUACAACAUUUGCUAUGGGACACCUAAUCCAGAGGAAGAAGGCUCAUGUGUUUGGUGAUGAUCUCAGCUUGGUGACAUUGUUUCGCUGCAUCCAAAAUAUGCCACAGUCUUAUCCAAAUAAUUCUUGCUACACUGCUGGCAUUGCAAAAUUAGAAGAAGGGGAUGAACUUCAACUUACAAUACCACGGAGAAGGGCUAAAAUAUCCUUGGAUGGAGAUGGUACUUUUUUUGGUGCAGUAAGACUCCUCUGAAGCCCUUCAUUUCUGUUUUUAUGCUUAAUGCCAUUUUCUUCUCUACCUAUGCCUUUGUCAGAAAAAAUAUCAAAUUGUAGCUUUUACAAUUUAUCAGCCUCUCCCGAUUCACCACAGGCUUCUAAGAAUUUUCUUCACUUUAAUAUGCAAACCCAAAACAGGAAACAUACCAGACAUGCUUGUGAUAUAACCACCAUGUGAUUACCAGAAAGCCAAUUUAUUUUAGCAAUGGGACACUCUAGAUAACAAUUAUAAAGCAAUGAGGUUUUGGCUUUGAAACAGUUUGUUAUCCAUAUGGUAAACCAAAGGACGAGUUGACCAAAAAUAACAGCAUGACCAGGACCACAGACUAUCAAAUUGUUAUCCAUUGAAAAGGAAAUCUAAAAUUAAAGUGUAUCCUAGAUUUGCAUUAUUUAAUCAGUAAAGUAUUUAAUAUAUAAAGUGUAGAGAAAAGACAGCGAACAGUAUAUUCCUUACCACAAAAUGAAAUUGUUAGUUAUAGAGUUUUGGCUUUUUUUUCUUUCCCCAGAGAUACUGGGGAAGGAAAAAUUCUAGAAGUCUGGGAUAAUGAAAACAAAUAUACAGUAUUGUAGCCACUGUCUUGCUUCUUCCCUGUGAACAAAAAGUGAAUAAAUUACUACAAUCUAUUAGCAUUUACUAAUUAGAAUUAAUUUUACCGGAAAAAGGACAUGUAAAACACUUCAACAGCUCAAUCUUCAAAGCAUUGCUACUUGUCAAGGAAUAUGUGUGCACUUCUAUGUAAACAAGGCUGGCACAGGAAGAAACACGGUGAGAUUAGACACAAUACCAUGGUUGGAAGCGGAUUUCUGGCUCCAUUAUUUCUGCAGUCAUAUAUAGAUAUGUGUAUAUAUAUACAGUAUGUAGACAUAUCUGUAUAUAUUUGAGAGUAUGUAUACACACAUAGAUCUUGGGCAUUUAGGAAUAGAAUUUUAUCUUCUUUGGAGCAGUUUAUCCAAUGGAAAUACUACUUCAUACAUAUUUUUUUUAUAUUUCCCUUGCUUCUUGCCAUGAUCCAUUCUAUGGAAUACAGUAAAAAGAAAAAUCCAAUAGACCUGGAACCAGCCUUUCAACUAAGAAAAUACACUUGUAUCUCCGAGGCUUUUUCUGUGGUUUUGAAUAUAACGCUUAACCCUGUUUUACAAAAAUAUUCAGAUCUGUAGAAAGAAUAAAAAGAUGUCCUUUUUCCUUUUCAUUUGUCUGGAUGCUUUGUUCAGUAGGCAGUAUUUAUGCCUUUUUUAUCCCAAAUAUUUUAUGGUCAAAGGAGCUAUUCUACUUUUUCCCUACUCUUAAAGAAGCAUUGAAGUGCUAUAGGAAUAGAUAAAAAGUAAAACCCCAAGUAAUUAACUGUACUUUAUUUGAAAAACAUUUUUAGGACCUGAAAAUUGUGUUAUAUAGACUUUCUUAGUAAAGAAAAGAUGCUCUGCAUAUUGCAGUUUCCUU